AAAAUAUAUAUAAAAAGCGGAUAAAAAAUAUUCCAUUAGCUUCAUAAAAAUGAAAUCACAGAUAUUCACAUUGGUUUUCAUUUUCCAGGUUUUACAAGGAAGAAAUUCUUUUGUAAUUGAAGAUGAAAGUGAAAUAUCACCUGAAACAGUUUAUCCACUCAUUCAUCAUAUGCCAAUGAAUAAAGGAGAUACUUCUUAUGCAGCACACGAAAAAUUGAUCAUCAUUAAAACUCUAAAAACUACAUUUUACGUGGAAUUGUUACCAAAUUAUGAGUUGAUAUCUGAAAAUAUCAAAGAUGUGAACUUUCGAAAUCACACAGCUAAUCCAUGCCUAUUUCAAGGAAGAAUCUUAUCCCAUAAAGGAGGAAUUGCGGCCAUCUCUACUUGCCAUGGUGAAGGAAGGCUGCAUGGGAUUUUGAUGAUACCAGAAGAAAAUUACUUUAUUAAACCACAUUCUUCGACUGAAAUGAAUUUUGAAUUUUCAUUAAAUAACAAGAUUAGUUUUCCUCAUACUUUAUCGAAGUCUUCGCAAACUUUCGCGAAAUUUUGCGGCACUCGUGACGCAGAUUUUACUUUUUCUAAACGAGAAAAUAAGAGUACAAAAAGUGAAAUGUCAAACGAACAUCUUAAAAGAACAUCAAGUAAAAUCCCUACAAUUGAAGCUGCUGUUUUUAUAGAUCAUGUAUUAGAAGAUCGAUAUAAUAAUUUAUCGUUAAAUUCUUUUCAUGUUGUUCUAAGUAUUUUAAAUCAGGUUCAACUGAUAUUCAAGUAUAGAAGUUUAUCGAUACCACUUAAUUUUGUGCUUAUCAGAUAUGGAAUAAUAAAACACCAAACGGGGACUGUCAAAAAUGGUAACUAUUAUUUGCAUGAAUUUUGUAACUGGCAAAGAAUAUUGAAAAAGAAAGAAAUGAAGUGGGAUAUUGCAAUUCUUUUAACUGGGUAA